GCGACAGUAGUUCAGUCACCAGGCAGUAGUUUGUACAUUUGCUGACAGGGCAGUAGUGGUGAGGCUGAAGCAGCCAAACUUGUGUCUAAUAGUUAUAAUGGAGCUGGAAAUGUUCCCCAAGGAACACACUUUGAAAAUGCGCAAAAAGAUGAUUGGGCAGUCUUGCAGACUUUUUUUCUCUCAUGACCCAGUGAAAAUAGUGAGAGCACAAGGACAGUAUUUAUAUGAUGAAAAUGGGACACAGUACUUAGACUGCAUUAGCAAUGUGCAGCAUGUGGGUCACUGUCACCCCAGCAUCAGUCGGGCUGCAGCAACUCAGAUGGAGCUUCUUAAUGCAAACACCAGGUUUCUACAUGAUAAUAUAAUCCAGUAUGCAGAACGCCUUGCAGCCACUCUACCCAAGAAGCUAUGUGUCUUCUACUUUGUCAACUCAGGCUCAGAAGCGAAUGAUCUCGCCCUGCGGUUGGCCCGUCAGUACACCCAACAUGAGGACGUUGUAGUUCUAGACAAUGCUUAUCAUGGCCAUCUUACCAGUCUUAUUGACAUAAGUCCUUACAAGUUCCGGAAACUGGCAGGCCAAAAAGAGUGGGUUCAUGUGGCACCAGUCCCUGAUACAUACAGAGGUCUUUACCGUGCAGAUCAUCCCAACCCAGCAGAAGCUUAUGCAGAUUCAGUGAAGAGUCUUAUCGAUGAAGCACAUAAGCGAGGGCGCAAGAUUUCAUCUUUCUUUGUAGAGUCCUUGCCCAGUGUUGCUGGACAGAUCAUCUUGCCACCUGGAUACUUUCAAAGAGUUGCACAAUAUAUCCGGGCAGCCGGAGGCGUUUUUGUGGCUGAUGAAAUUCAGACAGGCUUUGGACGUGUAGGAAGCCACUUCUGGGCUUUUCAGCUUCAAGGUGAAGACUUCUGCCCAGACAUUGUGACUAUGGGCAAACCUAUGGGCAACGGGCAUCCUUUGGCAUGUGUGGUUACCACAGAGGAGAUAGCUAGUGCCUUUACGGCCAAUGGAGUGGAAUAUUUCAACACUUUUGGUGGAAACCCAGUGUCCUGUGCAAUCGGCCUUGCGGUACUAGAUGUGAUUGAGAAAGAGGACCUGAGAAGUAAUGCAGUCUGUGUUGGAAAUCAUUUGAUGAAGCUCCUUCGAGACCUCCAGGCUACACACCCAAUUAUUGGUGAUGUGCGAGGUGUAGGUCUCUUUGUGGGCUUUGAACUGGUUAAAGACAGAAAGGAUUUAACUCCAGCAACAGAUGAAGCAGCACUGCUUGUUAGGAGGUUGAAAGAGAAACGUAUAUGCUUGAGCACAGAUGGACCAUGGGAGAACGUCAUCAAAUUUAAACCCCCCAUGUGUUUCAGCAUGCAGGAUGCUGAAAGGGUCACUGAACAAAUUGAUCACAUUCUCACGGAAAUUGAAGGUGGCAUUUCAGAACUGGACAACGAAAACAAACAUGGUUAGUAGGGAAAUGAAAAGCCUGGGUGAAAACGUCCAGCCUUUAAAACCUUUAAAAUGCUUCACAUAUCAACGAACAAACACAGAAUAUAUAAGAGAAACAAGGAAAGAUCAAAUGAAACCGAAAUACUUGUUUACUAUAUACACAUACAUACAUACAUAUACAAUCUAACCGUGUGUCAUUUUUAAUAUACAAAAAUAUAUUUGAAACAUGGCAAAACCUGAACUUUGAGUAAUUUGCUUUAUACUUUGUACACAUUUUUAUCCACGUUUAAUGAAGUAUGGAGAUUUACAAAUGGAAGAUGACAAGGAGAUGCAUGAUCAGUUUGUAAUUAUUAUUAACAAUCAUAGUGUAUAUUCAAAAGUUGCAAAGUGAAACAACAAGCAUUUGUGUGUCCUGUCAUGAAUAAGUUUCAUUGAUAAAUAUUAGUUAUAUUUAUGAAUGAAUGACUAAUUACGAUUUGAUCCAAUAGAUAACAGCAGAUAUGCCAUUUAGUGUUUUCAGCAGGAUGCACUUUGCCUAGUGUGUUUUCGGACAUGAUUUAUUAUAGGUAAAUUCUCAACCAUUUAUACAAAAUUGUCUUCUGUUGUAUCUGGAACCUGCAAAAAUAAAUAAAUAAAUAAAAAUAAGCCAACAAUGAUUUAGAUUACA